CCAGCCAGCCAGCCAGCUAGCACUGUGUGCUAUGGAGACUGGGUGCCGUUAUUCACUGUUCAGCUGAAUUAGAUCAUUCUGCCUGUCAGCUAUUGAUUGGAGAUGGAUAAGUUAGUAGGCCAGUGUGCGAGAGAGAGCCAGGCCUUGAGUCACUACAGUAAAACUGACUCACAGCUAGGCGUUAGGAGAUUACAUGGAUACGGUGGGGGGAUGACAGUUCCCUAAUGCUCCUGCCAUCUUGCAUUCCACUAACACCCUAUGACACGGGUUUAGGCUCCCGGCAAAGAUGUCCCGCGCUGCAUCAAAAUCCCGUGCUGAGAAGGGGCGCACAAACUCUGCUCCUGCACCCCCUCCUCCUCCUUCCCAGAGUCCAGAUGUGGUGGACAUUGUCCCGGGCCGCCUGACAGAGUCUAACUGGGUGUCCAUGCUAGUGCAGGAGGAAGGAGAGGAGGUGGUGGUGGAGGUCCUGCAUGAAUUCAUGAACCAUAUCAUGGAGAAGUGUUACACUGUGUACCUCCAGAGACAGCCAGAGUUAUUCACAACGUCUUGGGCCCGAGAUUAUUUGGUGCAGAUUCUGGAGUGGCAGUUCCUGGUCCAGGAUGAGGGGGAGGGACCAGACAGUGCCCCCUCCUGGGAAGAAGAUUCAGAGCCCCUGCCGUCAACUACAGACUCCUGGGCACAAGGCUGUGUGCUGGUUCUUCAAGCCAAGCCAACAAAAUACCCUUCUCCCCUACAGAGGUCCACUCCGGUUGGUGAGGUGGCUGGACGGACAGGUCAUAGGGCCAAUCACAAGACUCACACAGUGAGCCAGCUUAGUUUCUCUCCCAAGCAUUCCAGAGAAGACAGAAAAGCCAGAGAGCCACCAGGUUUUAGGGGUUUCAAACUAUCCCCUGCCCCCCCACCUGCCCCCCCACCCAUAACUGAGGGAGGGACCUGGAGGCAGCAUCACUCAUCACCCACCACUCCUACAGAGGACUACCUGCAGUCUCCAAGGCAUUCUCUGAACAGCUCAGUGACUGAGGAAGAAGAGUAUGUAGAGACAUGCCCAAACAUCUCUGUCCAAAGUGUUAAGCUCCGUCCUCAGCGUGGAGGCUUCCCAGCCAUGCCGAGACUGGAUCUUGCACGUCUUCCACGCCAUCGUGUCUGGCCCCGAUAUGAAGUGCUGGAUGCCAGUCCCUCAAAGCGCCAUCCAUUGAGAACCGGAGGUCCACUGGCAGCAGGGCAGAAUCUUGAGAAACAACACACCACACAGACAAAGGCAAUGAAACCCUUGACCAAAUACAAAGGCCCAUCCACUGCCCAGAGGAGAAGUGCCCUGACUGGGGCAGUCUGUCUGACCAUUAAAAGGAGGAGUAUUCCGCAUGGGGGCAACAGUGAGGGGAUUGUACCCUUCUCUGGCACCCUGUUGCUGGAUAGCAUGGAGCUGGCCCCUGGGGUCACUCUCAAAGGCCCCCAGGGGACCCGUUUCAGCCCCCUCAAAGGAUGCUCAGCCCAGUCAGAGCACAGUGCAGAGCAGAGGCCCAUACGGAACAAUCUGCCUGUGCCACUGUUUUCCCUGGAGGAGCUGACGGCCAGACCAGACCCUCAGGUCAACACACUGAUUUGACACCAACUGGGCCAUAACUCAAGAACUUUGGGAAGGUCAAUUACUGAAGACAAAAUAAUGGGAUCCAUUUCAUGACAAUAACUUUAAGAAUUAAAGAAAUAUACAAAUUGUUGAGAUUAAAUAACGUUAAAAAAAGUA